CACGACAUCAUUGAAUGGCCUGCCCCGAAGUACCACCCGCGACUUCCACACAACCCAGCUCGAUCUCAAGAGUGUGUGUAAUCAAGUGCAUUUGGGUGUAAGUAAUACGUGUGGAAAAGAGAAAUCCCUACCAGCCAUAGAAAGAAGUCUGCCACUAUUUCCCACAGUUUUGAGCUAGUCUUCCGGUGUGCAACCAUUGAAUCGAUCAGUCAAUCACCGACAUCUUUAGUUCUCUUCUUACAAAGUUGAAGAGAAUAUCGACCAUGAAGCGCGAGAUGUUCCAAGCACCAUACCCACCUUAUGAUCCAACGGAUACAUCUGGAUUCUCAUAUGACACAGUAGUGAAGAGGUGGCCCAUCAUCUUGACAAACAUCAUCGAUCAUGUGCAUCGUCUUCUCCAUGACAUGACUUUAGAAGCCCAACAAAUCCGUGAUUUGGACGUUUCUAAGGCAGAAGAACUAUCUAAGAAAACAACAGAGGGGCAGGAAAUUAUCUCGGAAAUAAGCCGUUUGAAGUAUCGUAUGGCAAGGGACCACGAACUCGAAAACAUUAUUCAGGAUGGGGACAUUCUCGUUGCCGAAUAUAAUGCGGAACUUGAGAGUCUGAAACAAGCGUCCCGCAACACUUGGUUCAGUGCACCAUGGUUGUACGCAGAAUACCGUCUCAUCCGCGCGUAUUUUAACCAAAAAGCAUACUGGCGCGGAUUUGACCCCGGGGCAGCUAUCUAUCAAAUCGCAACCACUAUGCACGAAUUAGAGAGUGAGAAGGUUAAACUUCAAGGAGAUCCCGAUAAACUUGAAGUAUUAUUUAAGGAGAUGAUCCAGAUGUGCCUUUGGUUGGAUCUUUCCCUCUUGACGCACCUCUCGCCGUCGGACAUAGAGCACUUGCAGACGGUCGGUAAAGAGGCUCAGGAAGCGAGGUCAGACUUCAUUCUUAAGGAUGACCAAGGUGCUGUUUGGAGUUACAUCAAGACUCUGGCCAAUCAAGGAAAGCGUUUGGACUUCGUGCUAGACAAUGAUUUCGUGUUUGCGGACUUUUUGGUCACUUACACUCCGUACUUCUCUCAAGUCGUGUUUCACCCGAAGCUGUUCCCAUGGUUUGUUUCUGAUGUCACCCCUACCGACUUUGCGAACACUAUUUCGUCUUUACUUUCUGCCACGUUCUUUCCACCAAACUCCACGACUAGUCCAGAUUCUGUUGCCUACUUACAACAGAUGGUCACUCGAUGGAAAAAUUAUAUGGAUAAGGGCAUUUUCACUCUUGCCACAGACAUUACCAAUGGACAGAAAAUGACGGAGUUUUGGAAUGGUCCGUGGCCUUACUGGAACAUGAACGAACUAGCACCGGAGUUAGGGCAGUGGCUGAGUGGUUCUGGCUACCGCAAACUUGCAGGUGAUGUUAAGUGGCCUGUGUCCACUCCGUUUCCAACUGCGAUCGGCCCACUGGCAGGAUCGUUUCCGCUUCUCAGCCUUCGUACGAAUAAGGCUGACGUGGCAGUGGGCAUAGAUGAGAAAGUAGCAGAGAAUCUCGAUAACAAAGGCGAAAAGUGGAGAGUAAGUGGGAAGUAUGCUUUGGUGAGCUUUUUGCCAGGAAGAAUUAUUCAGUAGACUGGCACAGUGUUUUUCGUCAGAGCUAUCGAUUUCAUAGGCUGAAUAUGUGGUUCCACAGCUGUACUUAGAGUCUUAGAUCUUAGAAUUUACAUUCCAAUGUAUCAUGAUUCAUGACGCGA